CCGGGCCGCGGGAAGAUGUCCGCCGAGGGCGGGCGCGGCGCGGUGCGCUUCGUGUUCCGAGCCCUGCCGCAGAAAAGCUUCUCCUGCCUGCAGGACAGGGACAUCGCGGACCGACUCCUCAAAUGGUCCAUGCAAGGCAGGAUCACAGCACAAGCGUUCAGUUUUGACCAGCAGUUUAAGCCCUAUCAAAAGGAUGAGUUUCUUAUGGCAUUUUUUAAUGAUCAAAGUGUGAUCUCCAGUUUGAAGUUGCUGUCAUCUUCAGGACAAUGGACUACAUUGGGUUCCAAAGUGACAAAAAUUGAAGCUACACUGGUACCCUGUACACAGAUUUCCAUGUCAUUUUUUGAUCGGCUGUACUCUGAAGGAGUUGUUAGAGAAACUGGAACUAUUGUGAAAUGUUAUGAUGAUUAUUAUGAUGAUAUUCUUAUCUCUGAUGAAUUAAGGAAGGUCUUGCUUCUGGAGGAUUCCGACCAUUAUGACUUAUUCUCUCAACUGGAUCGCGAGGAAUUUCUGUUCUGCCUUUUUAAGCAUUUUUGCAUUGGAGGAACUCUUUGCCAGUUUGAAGAUGCAGUUGACCCAUAUUUAGAAACUACAAAAGCUUUUUAUAAAGACUUGGUGAGUGUUCAAAAGAACCCUGAAACAAAAGAAAUACAUAUUAUUUCUACAGUCUUCAGAGUGUCUGCUUAUGAUGCUAAUGGCCUGUGUUACCCUUCAAGCAAAAGCCACCAGCAGACUUUUGCCUACUUGAUUGUGGAUCCCUGCAAGCGACACGUGAAUAUUCUGUAUCACUGUUUCGGUGGAAGCUUAUUUACAAACUAGUUAUAAACCUGGCUGGUCCCCAGUUUUAUAAUGGAGGUUGCCUUCUCUCUGCAUGGGUUCAGGUAGACAUUGCAUAGUUUUCUGACGAGGAAAACUCUACUUGAUGACACGCUCGGAAGUGCUUCCCGUUCACUCAGAUGUUACUAUGUGGUUCAUGACAAAAGUUUUCCGGUUCUUGAAGCUGUUUUCUUGGCCGUUUUCCCCCUUCCCUCACCCGUUUUAUCUAAUAAAAAGUAUUUCUCUA